CCCCCGGGCUCCCAGUUCCUCCAGCGCCAACACUGCUCUGCAGCUUCAUUUAGCGUUCACCUACUCGUUUUGACAUUUAGACAGGAAACUUUUAUCCAUAUUUUUUCUAAGGACCACCCAUUCCAUCAUUUUGUCUCGUCUUGGUUUGGAUUUCUGCAGAUUGUUUUUAAAACUUUUUUGUGGAUUCUGUCACAUCCAAAACUUUGAAUCAUCCCCAUUAAGAGAAAGCAUCUCUCCGGUUGGCUUUUUGACCGGGAUGCGGGUGGCCAUGAUUGUUUAUUGAUCUCAAAGUAAAACGAGACGCGGACGCAUCGCCUGCAUCCUUUCUUUUGUCUCGGGCGCACCGCUGCCUCUUUAAUCACAAACUGUCUGUGGGAUGUAAGAAGACGCUCAAACUUUUGGGUUGUUUUUUCAUUUUAUCAACAAAGGAAUUAACUUUUUUUGUAAACCCCGAGGAUGGCGAGACUUUUGUUGAACAUGCGUCUUGUUCUGGUUUUAUUCGGAUUAUUUUUGCUCUCUUCUCCAUCAAGACCUGAGCCGGAGCAGCCGGACGAGGAGGAGGAGGAGGAGAGUUCCUGUCAGGGCGCGUUUGACCUCUAUUUUGUGCUUGAUAAGUCUGGCAGUGUGAAGAAUCACUGGGAAGAAAUCUACUACUUUGUGGAGAAUUUAGCGGAGAAAUUCAAAAGUCCCAUGCUGAGGAUGUCAUUCAUAACAUUCUCCUCCAGAGCAUCCACCAUCAUGAAACUGACGGAAAACAGAGUGGAAAUCAGAAAGGGGCUGAACUCUCUGAAAAGAGAGAUUCCUGGUGGAGAUACAUUCAUGCACCUUGGGUUGCAGAGGGCAAACGAGCAGAUACACCAGGAGAAUUUUGGCACGGCAAGUGUGAUCAUUGCACUGACAGAUGGAGAGCUGCAGGAACAUCAGCUCAUCACUGCACAACAAGAGGCAGAGAGAGCCAGGUCUCUUGGAGCUAUUGUGUACUGCGUUGGGGUCAAAGACUUCAAUGAGACACAGCUGGCCACCAUUGCAGACACCAUCGAGCACGUGUUUCCUGUGCUGGGCGGCUUCCACGCCCUCCGGGGAGUCAUUGAUUCGAUCAUCAAGAAGUCCUGCAUUGAAAUAUUGGCAGCUGAGCCCUCCAGUGUGUGUGCAGGAGAGUCUUUCCAAGUGGUGGUGAGAGGAAAUGGGUUUCUCCACGCUAGAAACAUCAACCAGGUGCUCUGCAGCUUCAAAAUCAACGACACGGUUACAGUCAAUGAAAAGCCGGCCGGAGUGGAAGACACGUUCUUACUGUGUCCAGCCCCUGUCAUCGAUGAAGUUGGGAAGGUGAUUUAUCUGCAAGUGAGCAUGAACGAUGGUCUGUCCUUCAUCAGCAGCAACGUGCACAUCACCACCACAGAGUGUUUUGAUGGCACCAUUCUCCUGAUCACCCUGCUGGUGUUGUUCCUCCUGCUAGCCCUGCUCUUUAUGUGGUGGUUCUGGCCUUUGUGCUGCACGGUGGUGAUUAAAGAACCACCUCCUCCACCUCCUCCUGAGCCUGAGAGUUCAGAUGAUGAGGACGGUAUGCCCAAGAAGAAGUGGCCCACCGUGGAUGCCUCAUAUUACGGAGGAAGAGGAAUCGGAGGGAUCAAGAGGAUGGAGGUGCGCUGGGGAGGAAAGGGCUCGACAGAGGAGGGGGCCAAGCUAGAGAAGCCGAAGAACGCUGUGGUGAAAAUGCCAGAGCAGGAGUACGAGCCCUUUGAGCCGAAACCUAAGAAACCUCACAACAAGAAGGCGCCUCAGAGCCGGAAGUGGUACACACCCAUUCGGGGUAAACUGGAUGCUAUCUGGGCACUGUUUCGCCGCGGUUAUGACCAGGUCUCCCUGAUGAGACCCCAGCCCGGGGAUCAUGGUCGAUGCAUCAACUUCCAAAGAGUGAAAGAAGAGUCAGCAGCAGCCAAAGCCCCACCUCGCACCCCGAUCCACACACCCUUGCCCCCGCCACCGGACUACCGCCCUGUGACCACCUCUCUCUCCCACCGCUGCCAGCCCUCCUGCCAGAUCACCCCCAUCAGGCCAGGUACCCCUAGGACCGCCACCAUCCCGCACACCCCCCGGGCUUCCCUGUGCACCUCCAUCGCGCCCCCCACCCACCCUCCGACCCUGAAUCACACAGACCCCACCCAAUGCACCCCAGCUUUGAUAUCACAGACUUACCGCUCUGUUGACCAGUUCUUUCAGUUUGAAGGUUGUGGUCCUUGCUGCCAAAGAUACUCCUGCUAUAAUCCAAAGAUCAGCAGUAAUAUCAAUCCCAGUGUUCUGCGUUUCUCUUCUUGUGUGGGACAGAGUGUCAAGUCAAACUGUAAGUUGGCAUGCUAAACUUAGGAGGAAAAAGGUUGUUUGUGUGCAGAUGAAGAGACGACCCCCCCAACGAUGGAAAAAGCAGUUUGACUUGACAUUGUGUCCCACACAGGGGGUGAAUGUGGUGAUGGGGGAUAAUAUUUACUUAGUGUUUGUGAGAUCAGGGAGGAUUGUUGCUGGACAGCAAAGCAUGUAGGGACAGGAAGUCCACAGAAGAAUUACGCAAUGGAUGAAAUAUCUUUGUUGUCUUUAUCCACUACUGAGUUAGGCCAUUGUUGUCAAGAGUUAAGGCUAAAAGUAGGUUGUUCAUGAAAAUCUGAGGUUAAACCUCGGGCAGAACGGAUUGGCUUUUUUCUCCAUUUCUGUGGUGGUGAAUCAGAGAAUUUGGGAAUUAGAUUUCAAAGAAAUUUAAAUGUUGUCACAUUGAGUAAAUAAGGUUAAAUAUAUCUGAUUGCUUUCAAAAAGUAAAUUUCAGACAUUGUUAAUUGUUCUCAGUGCCAAAGUGAUUUUUUCUUAACCUUUUUGUGAUUUUUCUUUUAUCCAACAACAUGCUAACAAAUGUCAGCCGUUAAGAAGGACAGUUCAGCCCAAAAACAAAAAUACAUAUUUUUCCUUUUACCUGUAGUGAAGUUCCAAAAAAGAAAGACAGUAUUAAUGUUUACAUACAGUGCUGUCACAAGCUUCUUGUUCAUGAGUAGAAGCACGCCUCCUUCUGCGUGGUGAUAUGGUUGGCGGGUAUAGUUUGGUAGCAAGAAAAUAGAUCGUACAUGAAACUGCUUAAACAAGGUCUGUGGAUUAUCUUAAACUCCAGAAAAGACCAGGAGGGCAGCAUUAAUGUUUAAAUCCUGCACUGGUCUCUUGUCCAAUUGUACAGUUGGCUGGUAUGGUUUGGCACGAAGAGAAUAGUUCUGGCAUAAAACUGCUUGCAAAAAGGAUUAUCUUGAGCUCCAAAAAAAAUGGAGAACAAGGAGGACAGCAUUAAUUAUACAUCCUGUGCUGUCAUAAGCCUCUUGUUCAUGAGUAGAUGCACGAUUCCUUCUGCACAGUGAUACGGCUGGCAGGUGUAGUCUGGCAGAAAGAAAAGAGUUCCUACAUAAAACUGCUUGCAGGUAAGAGGAGAGUCUCUAUUUUUGAUUUUGGGGAUGAACUGUCCCAUUAAUACAGAAAUGAUACAGGUACAUGAUUUUGUGGUCCAGUUCUUGUACCAUUCAGUGACAGGGAAGUGUACAGAUGUUUUAUGGAGGGUAUGUUUUUACAAUAUGUGUUUGAGAUGAGUUUUUGAAUGUUGGUUGAUAUCUUUGAGGCUUUGGAUUUUGUCCUUAACCACCUUUUCAUGUUUCAUUGAAUUUAGAAUACAACAAUAUAUAUAUUUUUAUGUUAUUUUUUGGUAUCUGCGCACAUAUACUGCUGGACAACUACAGUACGUAUUCAUUUUUGUUAGCAUUUGGACAUUGAAAUUGAAUAACUAGAAAUCAGGUUAACGUCUCUCCUCACCUCGACUUUGAUACAAAUAUGUGUGUUUUAUGUCUACAGUUUUAUCAUCACCAGUCACAUUGCAACUGCAGGGCAGUUCAAAGAGCAUCUAAUUUAUUUUACUCCCCGAGAGAAAUAGAGGAGAGUACUUGAAUAUCGACAAGGUGUCCAACCACCAAGACGGACACUGUGCGCAGAAUUUAGAAACACAACAGCUAGCCAGUUCAGAGUCAUAUAAGGUAUACUAGCGUUUUACAACAACUCAGCUGCACUGAGAAACUUUUAAAACUGUGAUCCCGUCACAGUUUUAUAUUUUAAGAAAAAUCUGGGUGAUUUGAAUCUGGGUGUUGUUUAUGUGCUUCAUAGCAAAUCAGAAGGCGCCACUAGCAAUGUGUACAUGUUAGCAUUGACUACAUGCUAAAUUGAGGGGAGAAAUAGCCCCGAAAAAUGCACAAAAAAACAGAACUAUAAGAUUAAGACUUCAGGGUGUAGAAAAGAGGUUGAAAAAUGCUGGUAUUCCUUCUAUAUCCAGUGCCUUCUGGAAUUUUCUUCUUUUUUAUACUUUUAUUUUGAUGUACGUCAUUCAAUUACGUUGUGUACCGUUGUGUUAACACUUGCAUUCAGUAUCACUCUUAGUGCCUCAAAGUUGAGUAUGA